AUGUCCGACAACCAGCCAGCCAGCAGCAGCGAGGACGGACUCGGUUUCAGAAUCGAAGGCUUUGGCGUUGUGAUUCUUCCUUUUUCUCUGCUUGAACACCUCCUACAUUUGACUCGCCCCGAGAUCGAAGCCCAGAAUCGAUCCGACCACACCGUGAUUCACUCUGCGUUAUUGGGCUCCUCGGAAUUCCAUGACCUGGUCGAAGAUGGCACCAUUCCCGUGCACCCACUGGGUGUCAUUUCUCUGUCUGAUGAUGAUGGGGGUGAUGCUGACAACAAUGACAUUGGCGGCGGCCGUCAGUGA